AGGAAUAUGCCUCCUAAACACGUUAGUAGGAAAGAGCAGAGGAAACUGUAUGCCUCAUUGGCAUAUGAGCUGGUGAUCAUGGCCGGGACCAUCAUGCUGGCCUACUACUUCGAGUACACGGACACCUUCACCGUGCACGUGCAGGGCUUCUUCUGCUACGACACGUCCUACACCAAGCCGUAUCUGGGGCCGGAGGACAGCAGCGCCGUCCCGCCCAUCCUGCUGUACGCCGUGGUGGCCGGGCUGCCCACGCUGUUGAUCACAAUCACUGAAACGGUGUUGUUCCUGGUCCAGUACACAUCCAAAGAGUUUGAUCGCUCAGAGAAGACAGUGGCAACUGGCGACUGUUGUUACCUGAACCCGUUGGUGCGCAGAACCUUCCGGUUCCUCGGAGUCUACGCCUUUGGCCUCUUCACGGUUGACAUCUUCGUCAAUGCAGGGCAGGUAGUGACAGGAAACUUGGCGCCGUACUUCCUGACGGUGUGCAAGCCAAACUACACGGCACUUGGGUGUCAACAGGCGCUGCGCUACAUCAGCCACCAAGAGGCCUGCACAGGGAAUCAAGACGAUGUCCUGAGGGCCCGCAAGACCUUUCCCUCAAAGGAGGCUGCUCUCAGCAUUUACGCCGCUCUCUAUCUGGCUAUGUAUGUGACCUGCACGGUCCAGGCCAAGGGGACGCGCCUGGCCAAGCCCGUCAUGUCUCUGGGGUUCAUGUGUCUCGCCUUCCUCACUGGUCUGAACCGUGUGGCGGAAUACCGCAACCACUGGUCAGAUGUCAUCGCAGGUUUUAUCAUUGGCAUGGCCAUCGCCACCUUCCUGGUGGUGUGUGUCGUUCAUAACUUCAAAGGCAAGCUGCUGCUGAAUGAGGACUCUCCUGCUGAGCUGCAGCCCAACGCGGCCAUGCUAAACAUGGGUCACCUGGACAGUCCUCUGGAGAAGUACAUCGCUUCCCAGAAUCACAUCGCCUUCGCUGAGGUCACAUGAUGUGGAAUCAGCUGUAUGGCAGACCCAUUGGACGUCCACACUCUUUACCGUCCAGUCUUAUUAACCGGAGUGCAGCAGUAAACCAUAUGUGCGUGUGUGGGUGGGGGUGUACGUGUGUGUGUGUGUGUAUGUGUUUGUCUGUAUGUUGUUGAUCUAUGUUGUCUCUAUCAGGCUCCUAUUGUCAUCCACAGUUUACUGAACUCAAAAAGGGGCAAAAAAAAGUUGAAUCAGUAACUCAGUGUGACAGGCUGCUUCUGCUAUCCUCCAUCUAUGCACUUAUUCUGAGUUCUUAUCAGACUCUUUCCUCCCAAAUAGGGAAUUUUAAUUCUAAAGGCUUCAACAACCAGAAGAAUUGAACAUGUUCACAUAGAGUAAAACAGUUUUGUUGCAAUACAGUCAUAGCAUAGAGAAGCACUCCCAUUUUAAAUUUUGAGUUCCAUAUGUUAAAAGGAAAAAUAAAACAUCUUUUUAAAUGUGCAGUAUUAGCGCAUUUUCCAUAUGAGCUGGUAAAGACCAGAUCAGUUCUACUUUAUGCAAAACUAAUAGCACAGUUUACACUUUCUGUUUGAGUUGCUGACAUGACAGCAAAAAAAAUGAUCUGAACAGCAAAUUGAUGGAUGGGAUUUUUACACUGGAUGCAGAUUUUGUACUUGGUAAACUUAUUAAACUCAGACUUAAAAAAGAAAUCAAAUAUAUGUAAAAGGUUUAAUGUCCAAAAAUAAUCCAAAUUUAACAGAAGUUGUCUUUCACAGGACAACACCUCUGGUGUGAAUGAGUGAAGUUAGAGAAAGGUUUUUACCUAAAUAUGAUUAAACCUUUUCAGAAACAUUUGUCCCUGAACAGCAUUUUGAUGAUGCCAGUUUUUCCUUUCAUUUCAUUUGCUGUAGAUACAUUUGUAGUAAACAUUUGUGGGUAUGAAUGUCUACACUAAAUGGUGGGUCUGUAUUGUAACAAAACUGUUAAAAACUUUAUCAGCCGCACAAGACAAUCAUCUUGUCGUUCUUUCAGUGUUGUUUCAGUCAGGAACAGCACAUCCAACAGGACAAAGCGUUUUGUUUCUCCAGUGAAAAUAUUCAUUUAUCCUCCAUGUGUUUAUGUUUUUUUGAGAUCAGCAUCAGCAGCAUGCUCCACCAGAUACUCUUCCUGGGGUCUGUUUACAUAAAAGAGAGAGGUUACAUUUAUAAAAAAUCAUAUUAGAGAUGAAGUAUUAAAAUAACACAUUCCACCUUCCAGUAUUUUAAAGAAAAAUACAAACAUUAGUUUAAGAUAGGGGAAUAUUUUAGAUUCCCCUCACUUAAAAUAAAUGUCAUGAUUAAAAGUGUAGUCUGCUCUGUCUUAUCCUCUGAUGCUGUCCUGUGAAACACAGAGAGAAAGACGUUUCAUCAGUCCACCAGCCAGGUCACGUCUUCUGAAUGCUGCUUUGUUGCAGAUGUCAGAGCUUCAUUCCCUGCUCCUCAUACAUGGAUUCAACACACCUUCUGUUGUAGAAAUGGUUGUUUUCCUCUUACAGCACUUAGAAACUAUGAUUCACAGUUAGGAUUAGAUCAGAAAUCUGGUGUGUCUGUGUGCACACCGCUGGACAAUGAAUUCAGUCUCUUUCUGUUUAGUUAUUAUAUUCAACAAUGUUUUACCAGAUGUAAAAUGCAAAAAAGGACAUAGUGUUCAGGAUGAACACGAGCAAAAUAACAACUGAUCCUUUUUUAAUCUAAAUCAAAUCUGAUCCACACCACGUCCUAAAAUAUGUUAGAUAUACCAACGACAGGUAAUCUGUGAUUGAUUUCACAGCGAUAUUGAUAAUCAUAAUAUGUGAUUUAUGACAUCACAAAACUCCUGAGCUUUUUCAGCUCUCUGUGUAUAUUGAUCAUACUGAAACAACAGGACACUGCAACUCAGAUAUCACAGCAGUGAGCCAGUGGAGCUUUACUGAAACUCUCUACACUAUGCAGACGCGUCAUUCACGUCUGGAUGCAGGAAGUUUGAAACAAAACUUGAAACUUUCAGCUGCUACAUUUGGUUACCACUAGGGGGCAUUCUCAGAAGGUCAGUAGAUUUUUUUAUAUAUAAAUAUAAACUAUUCAGAAUUACAUAUCAGUAACAUACCUGAUCAUGAUGAAGCAGAGCACUGUGAGUUACUCACAACUGAUCUAAAUUCACCCACAAUAUUGAAAAUGGAAUCACAAUAAAAAUAACACACACUGUUUAAGGAUUUCUCAGCCUUCAUGUUUUAUAAAUUCCCCCUCACUGCUCAAAUAACCUGGGCUGUAUUAGUUCACCAAAAGGCUUGGUUUGGUACAUAUUUGGGUUUUAGCGUGACCGUUGCAUAUGAUGUUGUUGGUACACUUCACUCAUCAAAAAUUAAUAAAAAAAAAUUAAAAAUUAUCAUUUGUUUUUAAAAAGAUCCUGCCCAUUUUUUAGAAUAAAACACUUAAAUGACUUUGGAGUGGUUUUGAUAUAAAGACGAUCCAGUCUCCCAACGCUGUUCAGAGUUUGGACAGAUUGGACGCUGCUGGCGGCUGGCUGGACGUCGGACGAUUUUCUCUAAUACUAGUUGUGUUUACAUUCAGAUUGACUUUGUUUCAAGUGAUUCAGUUUCCGUAAGAGCAGAGUCAUCUAUUCUGCUGUUUAAAGUCAUAUUUUAAAGGUGCACUAUAGAAAGUUGUUUUGUGCUUUUAUGUCCACAUAUACAUUUUCUGCGUGUGUUCAGACUUGAAACAUGCUGUUCGAUUCGGUUCCUGGAACAUUCCUCCUACAAACAGUAGAAUUCCUGCUGACCUGUGAAGAAAAACAAAUCUUGUAAGCUGGUUUGUUUGCUAAGAAUUUUUGAAAAAGUAAUUGUU